AUGGAAAAAGAUCUUCAUAAUCCGGUUGUUACUUGUGUGGGCAAUUCAUGGGUUGUAUGUAGAUCCAAAUCGCAUCCCGGUCGAAUAUACUAUUUCAAUACUUUUACUGGAGAAGCAGUGUGGAAUUUAAGUGAAGUAGAGAUAGAGAAAGCUAAAACAACAACAAAAAUAAUAGAGGACUCGGGUGUAAAUAUGGAUGGAUGUCCAGAGCCAAAAGAUCCACCACAAGAUACUAUAAGCCAUAGUUUUUCAUUUAAUAAACAUAUACAAAGUACUGUUGAUGAAGUUAGAUAUGUGCAAUCAACUUCUAUACCACUUAACAAGCGCUUUGGAAAGCUAAAAAAUGAAGGUGAUGAUAUAGCCCUUUACUCUACUGAAUUAAAUCUGAAAAAUGAUAAUGCAAACAGUAAUGCUGAAGGCUCAAAUAAUGAUUUAAGGCAGUUAUUAUCAAAGAAAAAAUAUGUAAAUUUUACUAUUAAUACCAAACAGCCAAAAGUGCUUCAUGGUAAUUCAAAAUUAGUCAAAGAUGUUUCCAAAAAUACUGAUACAGAUACGUGUCAUAAAGAAGAAAUGGCUUGUUUACCAAAUAUACAGGAAACAGUCCAAAAGAAACUUAAUGUUUCAUAUUUAAAAAAAUUAGUCAAGCACUCUGAUAAUGAUGAAUUCUGGUAUAUUGUGGCUGAUGCGAAUAUCUUUAUAAAUCAUCAUGGAUUUUUGAAAAAGUUAUUGAACUCUGAUGAAGAAUGUCGCCUAUUAGUCUUGGAUAAUGUUAUAGCAGAUAUUAGAAACGCCAGCAGAAGUGACAACUUUCGUCUGAUAACUCUUGCUCGCCGUGCAAUAUGUAGUUUAUCACAAUUUAUGAAAGAUGGUACAGCUAUUGUUGCCAGGGGUUACGCAACAGAAGAUAAUAAUGAAAAAUCUCACAUUCUUGAUUGUUGUCUGAAACUUAUGAAGGAAAAUUAUGAUAUUGUACUUUUGUGCAAUAAUAAAGAACUGCAAAACCAUGAAAAGGCAGCGGGAAUAACUAUAUUUACCGUAAAUGAAAUGAAAUCGCUGAUUAAUGUUAGGCAAUGGCAACAAGAUAUUGACGCGAUAACAAAGUCGACGGUUCCAGUAAAUCAAAAAAUAAUAAUACCAAAUAAUGAAGUUAAACCGGACAAUGGAAAUCUUGUUGGAUUUGAAACGGCAUUAGUGGCUGAAAAUGUUGAUUUCAAACGUAAAACAAACACUGUUAGCGUAGGCAUUCAAACAAUCAACAACAGCCGUACGACAGUUGAUAUUGGGAUUCAAACACAACUGAACAUUGUCAAUUACAUGGAUACAAAAAGCACCCAAACUUCAGUAGAAUCGAGCACAUCUGAAAAACUAAACUCGACGUCCGUUAAAAGGAAAGAGAUUAAAUUGACUCGUAAUUUAUUCAACCAGAGUCCUAAGAAACAAGACACAGAAAAAAGAUGUUACAAAUGGCGCAGGAAGAGGCAUUUAAGUUCCUUAGAAAAUUAUGACACACAAGAUAAAGUGACCAGUUCAAUGGAUAAUUUAUCUAAUAGUUGGAACGAUACCAAAAGACUCAAACUGGUUGAUGAUGCUGAACAUCGUCUGGGUAGUAUAUCGAAUAGUAGUGAAAUUCAAGUUUCUGUGACCAACCAAGAUAAAUUGGAUGACAGAGUCGUAGUAAAAGAUACGUCUGGCGUUAUGGUUAUUGCGUCGAGAAGCCUUGAGUCUAAUAGUGAAUGUCUUGAAAAUACGCAAAAACCGUCUAACAUUAAUGACGAAAGAGAAAUGAGCAAAAAUUUUAUGUUUGAAGUAACCAGUGAUGUCAUGGCGGAGUAUGUGAAAACACGAUGCGAUGAAUGGGUAUCGCGUUUUAUACAAAUUAUGGAGGAGGUAUUAACCCAAGUUUUGCAAAAGGAUCCUCUGCCGUAUCCUAAUUCAUUAUCGCCGCCUUGGACUCUUCAUGAAGCGACCCAAUGCAUUAAGAUGAAAUUCCUUUCUAAUUGUGAUAUAGUGGACGGAGCCAAUAAGUUAUCUGAAAUACUUUUGACAUGUAGUGACCGAAAAGGUAAAAUAGAUGUACACAUGAAUCCAAACCAAUAUAUGCAAAUGUACAGCUAUGGUGUGUACUUAAUCAGUAGUUUACAGGAGCUGAACAAUGAUAACGAAGAUCUCCAAACAGCUGCAGAAUCUUUAGCGAAAUUAUUGAGAGAUAUCGAGAAUCCUAACGCGGAAACUAGUCAAAACGAUUCGUUCGCUGAUUUAAGCCAGGAAACUGUCGUAGGUGGAAGUACUUCUACUACAACUAAUACAGAUUCGCCGGAUAUGCACACUGCUAUGGGCACUUGUGACUUGCAACGAAAACAACAUGAAAUUGCCCCCGAUGAUGUUUUUUCCAAAAUUGCCGAAACGAGCCAACUUGAGGUGAAGGGGAAAACGGUUGCUGGCAGCCGAGAUAGCUCUUAUGUGCAACGAAACUCUAAGAACUGCAACAGCCCAUCCAGACAUAAUCUAAGAUCGCAUUUCAAGAUAUCAUUUCGAAGCACUGGACAAAUCCGCAGGCCUGUUCAAUUAUUUAGAUGUGCAGAUCAAAAAUCCGAAUUUUUCGCUAAUUUAAAUUUGAGAAAGAACACUACUACGUGUGAAAAUGGCGGUGAUAACGUGGACGUUAAUACAUCGUGUACAAACGAGAAUUGUUCUUCGGCAUUGAACACCGAAGAACCCUUGAAAGCCGCAAACAACGUUACAACUGAUGGUUCGUUGGCUAAUGCGAAUAUUUCGCCCGUAACUGCCACUCAAUCAACUGAGCCAAAAAUUAUCAGGCAAUUUACGAAGCGUGUAGAUUUCGAAGAGAAGAUUAAGAGAAUGGAAGUCGAUGCAACAGUACUGGAUGACUCGAAUCAAACAGAUGAUGAAUAUUAUGAAUACGAUUAUCUGAAUGAUGCGGUAAUCAGUGAAGACCGUACUGAUAAUGCUAAAGACAACAGCAUCAACGAUUUACAUAAAAAUAAUAAGUCUUGUCGAUCGUCGACACCUGAAAAAAUAAAAAUAAAAAUCGUUGUUCUAAGAUUUAUACGUGAGAUACGGGAAGCCUUUCUAGUAGCUUAUGCCUUCUGCGACGAGUCUCAAAAGCGACUAAAUGGAUUUAGAUUAGAAGCGACAAUUGGUUUAAUGUCGAAAGCCAAAGAGAUCUAUGCUACUAUUGUAAAUAUUUGCGAUGCUCUAAACAGUAUUCAUAGCAGAGAUUUAACGGGAACAGGAUUUAUUAUUGCGGAAUUCAUGAAAGAGGAAAAGGUUGAUUUUGCAUUCGAUGAGCAGGAUUUGCUGGAGUACAGAGAUUUCAUUGAAAAGUGUCGGUUUCAAGCUAAUUUACUUCGCGACACUGUUAAAUGUAUAAUGUCGUAUGCAACA